AUGCCAUAUGAGGCUGCCCUCAGCCCCAGCACGGAGCCAGUGGCCAAGGAGCCCUUGGAGAUGGCUUUGCUCAGCAGCAUCCUGGCAGCCUGUUCCUAUAUCUCAGAAAAUCCUGAGCGAGCCGCUCUGUACUUCGUCUCUGGUGUGUGCAUCGGCCUGUUCCUGACCUUGGCCGCAUUGGUGAUGAGGAUCUCCUGCCACACUGACUGCCAGCGGGGUCCACGGAGGAGGUGCUUGCAGGACCAUGAGAGCAGCAGCGACAGCAGUGACAGCGAGGAUGGCAGCGAGGACACAGCCUCGGACCUGUCGGUGCGCAGACACCGCCGAUUCGAGAGGACUUUGAACAAGAACGUGUUCACCUCUGCAGAGGAGCUGGAGCGCGCACAGCGGUUGGAGGAGCGCGAGCGCAUCAUCAGGGAGAUCUGGAUGAAUGGGCAGCCCGAGGUGCCCGGCACCAGGAGCCUAAACCGCUACUACUAGGACCCCAGAACCUCUGCAGGCUGCCAGGAAAAGAGUGGGUUCUGCGGGCAGGGACGGUGUGCAUAAGGGAAGCCAGCUCGGCUAAUGUGUCUGGAGAGAAGCACAGGGCCGGCCUGCUUUCCCAAGGGCAUGGGGGUUUGCUUUAGACUCUUACCUCUGGAGAAAUAGACAAUCCAGGCAGGGGCAUCUGCCUUUCCAGGUCUUGACACCCACAUGGGCACACAAGCCCAACCUUUCCAGGUCUUGGACUGGUGCUGAGGUUUCCUCUCCAACCACGUGACAGCGGUGUGAUAAGCUGAAAGGGUGGAUGGACCUUCUUACUUUCUGAGGCACUCAGAAGUUUGCGCAGACUUACCACUGUGCAAUUCCUUUACAAAAGGAAAAAAAAAUCUCAUAGCUAGAGAGCUGAGGAUAUCAGGGUGAACUUAACCCAGAAAAUGCAAUUUUCUAAAGGAUUCCGGGCAGUGGAAGUGGUUUUGAUUGAGAUAGCAUAAUCCAUGCUAAUUAUUUAAAGCUAAUUUUUAAGACAAAAAAAUCUUGGCAACCUCUGCAUUUUAACUGACACCUCAGGGAUUAAAAUCCUCUUUUUUAGUCUAGUUGCCACCUCAAUCGUGAAAAUGAAUAGAAGUUACUGUAUUGUGAGACGUGUUGGUGACUAAGGGUACAUCAAUAACCUCAAAGGAUAAAGGGUUUUAUUUUUUAGUAGUCUAUAAAAUACAUAUUGACAUGUGUAUUUGAAAAUGCUGCAUAACAAUAGAAGCCGUGGGUCCUUCCGUUUUGGAGAGAAGAAAAGUCUCUCAUGACUUCAGAGACUCAUAUUUAAAUAGUAUUUUGUUUAAAAGAAACAGUUUGGAAUUCCAAGAAAAGAAUGGAAAGCAGAGGUGAGGAUUAAAGCCCAAAUGAAAAUGGUAUCUAAAAUAAACAUUCCGUGAGAAUCUC